GUUUUAAACAACAUUUAUGUCAGUUAUUCGUGUAACGCGGCUGGUUUAACAUCGCAACGUAUUUGCAUAACACUAUAUGUAGAACAAGAUGAUUGAGCUCAAGUUAGACGAAGUUAAGAUUUUCGACGAUGAUUUAUCAGAAUUCGAAAUAUUGAGAAAGGUAAUAGAUGAAAAAGAGGGUGAAGAACCAAUUCACAUGUUGGAUGUUGGAGAUAUUAUUCGAAAGCAUCAACUUUGGAUGGAAAAGAUGCCAAGAGUGGUUCCUUACUAUGCUGUAAAGUGCAAUCCAGAUUCAACGGUAAUCAAAGUCUUAGCGGCGUUAGGAGGUCAUUUUGAUUGUGCUUCUAAGCAAGAAAUUAUUCAAACCAUGAGUCAGGGAGUUUCGGCUGAUAGGAUAAUUUACGCUAACCCAAUGAAAUUUUCAUCUCACAUAGAAUAUGCUAGGAAGGUUGGAGUAGCUAUGAUGACAGCUGAUUGUGAAGAUGAGUUGAAAAAAAUCAAAGACGUCUAUCCAGAUGCCAAAAUCGUAAUACGUAUUCGUUGCGAUACUGAAGUUACUACUGCAUGCUUGGGUGAGAAAUUCGGAUGUGAUCCUUCAAGUGAUGCUGUUCAGCUAAUAAAAGCGACCUUAGAUCUAGGUUUGACUCUUCACGGAUUUAGUUUUCACGUCGGUAGUCCAUGUGGGGAACCAAUGGCUAUUUGUCGUGGAAUUCUUUGGUGUAAAAAUUUAAUCGAUACAGCAAAAGCGAUGGGUUGUCGAGAUGUUAGCUUGAUCGAUAUAGGUGGCGGAAUCCCGGGUGAACGAAAUUUUAUACUCGACGAGUUUUCAGAAUUGAUCAAUGAUGCACUCGAAAACAUAGAUUCAUCUAUAGAGAUAAUCAGUGAACCUGGCCGUUAUUAUGUUACAUCGGCUUUCACAUCUGCAGCUUACGUCUUUGGUAAGAAAACGUUGAUGAAAGAAAACCAGAAAACAUUUAUGUAUUAUGUCAGCGAUGGCGUGUAUGGUUCCUUCAUCGAAGAACUAUUGCACAUUAAAGCCAGACAUCCCGUUAGACUUACUAACUCCACAUCUAUAACGAACGACGAAAAAUACUUGAGCACAGUAUGGGGUCCUACUUGUGAUUCAUAUGAUGUUCUUUUGAAAAACCAUAUGCUGCCGGAGUUCAAUGUUGGAGAUUGGCUUGCCUGGUCAGAUAUUGGUUCAUAUUCAACAUGUCUUUCCACAGAGUUUAAUGGUUUCCAAGCUCCAAAAAUACAUCCGAUAAUAAGGCGAAAAGACUGGAACUACUUAUGGGCUGAAGUGAAAAAUAGACAACAAUUAAAGAAAGAAAUUAUUUGAUUAUAAUCAUAGUUGUACUAAUCUGCUUGUUCGCGUAUUCACUUAGGUUAACUGUUCUUUUAUGUAUCAUCCAAACCUGAUUACUUGUAAGCUAGACGUUUUAUAAAAAAUUUAAUUGGUUUAGAAAGUACACGAAAACUUACAAUAACAAAAUUACAAUAGCCAGGAAUAGCGAGAUCUAAUGACGCAUUUCAUGAGAUACAUAGUUAAUUAUAUUUGUAUACAGUAAUUAGAGAGUCCGAAUAAAGUUUGCGCAAGUGGACUACCCAGGAAUUUGUAUGUAGCCUAUAAUAAGUGUAUGUAUGUUUAUCUAUGAAAUGUAUGUACUUGAACUAACGUUAUAGUAUUUUCAUUUACAAGUAGUAGAAAGUGUAAGACGGUGCCAAAUGUAAUUCACUUACUUAAUUUAAGGACAAUCAUGCCUAUAGAAUUGUAAUUUGGCAUUUACCUAUCAUUCAGUGCCAAAAUAAUCUGCAUAGAAUUAAUGGUGGGAUUUAAAAUGCAUGGUGUUAGCUGAAUCAUAUUGACAGUAAUUCUUCUUUAACCAAUCUGCAAUUCUGAAAAGUUUGAAUAUCAUACUUUCUUAUAAUUAAAAUGAACAUGAGUUUAUGCAAGACAUUAAUUAUACAAUUUGGACGUAUACUUAGGCAUAUCUUCAUAUUUUGUACACAUGUUUUUAUGAUAUAACUUUACCUUAUCGUAUAGUGCGAUUUCAUGACGCACAAAAUAAAAUAAUGAUUACUGUUUUAUGAAAAUAAUAAUCAACCUACUGUUAAAAUAUUAUUUAUUAUAAUUCCUUUAACAGUACCCAUUAUGUUAAGAGCGUCUUACAAGUCCUUUGAUUUGCUCCAUACAUAUAAUUUGUUGAAGCAAGAUUUAUAUAUUAUGAUAAAUUAAUGAUAAAAGAACCAAGUAUAGCAGUGCAUAGUUGUUAUAUAGUUAUUGCAUAACAUUCUUAAUUCAUUAUCCGAUGUAUUUCACUCAUUUAUUAUCCUGUUCAAUUGAGUAAAUUUAAUGACCUUUUGAUGCAUGUAAAAUUAACUGCGUCGGGAUUAUAUUUGCAUACAGGCAAAAAGACAAAGUUUGCACAAGUGGUAUGUUGAGGAAUAUAAUGAGAAGCAUAAAAAAUAUAUAAAUGGCAGCACGUAAACUUAAAUUGCGUUAAGUAGCAUAACAGAUCUGCUACUCUUACACACCAAACAUGGCCUGCAAACUUUUCCUCCUGGCUUUGUGCCUCUGCGGAGUCGCUGUCCAAUCUUUUGUGCUUCGCAGUGAUAACAGCGCUGCCGAUGCCCAAGUUGACACCCGUUACGUCCAAGUUGACGUUGAUGGUGAACAAUACAACUUGAAUCUCCAAAGUCGCCAACGCGACGUUAUCUAUUCCACUACUCCAGUAUGGACUGUUAAAUCCGGCCAGGAAGGUUUCAGCUUCGCUGAUGUUACCGACAAAAGUUACAUCAACGGUGUUUUCUACGAUGAUGCUGAGUUUAUGGCGACUUUGUUGGCAACCUACAGCGAGGACGAAACCCAGAUUCGCUAUAAUGGUGUCGUUGGAGUAGGCACAAAAGCCCACACCGUAGUCUCCUACCCUGAAAAGUGGUGGAAACCCGUACCUGUCCCAGACAAUGAUGAUGUCGAAGACAACUCUGAAAGUGUCAAGGAAAAAAGCGAAGAAACUAAGGAAGAGAUCCUCAAGCUCCGUUCAGCCUACGUUCCUGGAGAGAAAACUGGAAAAUUAGAAGAAGCCUUGUCUAUUCUGCACCCGAAAGUACUCGUUGUUGUUGACUACACUCUCUUUGAGAAAUUAGGAAAAGACAUUCAGAAGACUGUUAAGUACGUUGCUACAUUCUGGAGCGCCAUCGACUUGAGAUACAGCAAGCUCUAUUCUCCAUACGUUAAAACUAUCGGCACUGGAAUAGUCAUUGUCACGGAGGCACAGACUGGUCUGUUGGAAAAGGCUCGUGACUACUUCACUGAGGAGUUCAUCAAGGACACCGAACACACCAAUUACGACAGCGCAUUCGUUAUGACUGCAUCUAACACUAAGACCGUACAGGGACAAUCUCACCUUGGCUCCAUCUGCAACAGACAGUACAGCACUGCCUUCGUCGAAGAUGAUGCCAGCUUUGGAGGACUUCUCACCGCAACUCACGAAUUGGGUCACUUAUUGAACCUUCCCCAUGACGGAUCUGAUGAAGCUGAAAGCUGCAAAGUGGAGUCUGGAGACAGCACCACUGUUAUGGCCCCAUCAACUGUAGACGCUAACAUUGUUGACUGGUCUCAGUGCAGCAGAGUUAUUCUUAACGAGUUCUCGAAGACCGAAGCUGCCCAGUGCCUGAAAUCUACUUACCGUUACGAAUAAUAUUUUUUCUGAUGAAUGAAUUGAAUUUCGUUAAACUUAACGAUCUCAAAUAAAUUAAAAUAUUUUGAAAAA